GUUUUCUUACGCACAGGUGCUCGUCUGUUUUGGACUUCGAUUCGUCUUUCGUAGAAUUCCAACUGAAUAUUGUGAAAAAAGAUUGGACCUUCCUCGCUGCUCGCGGCAAAAUAAUGCGAGUCGUUCUCUGUAUCGGCGACUCCCACACCCGCGGUGUCAUCGGCGGGAGUUACGUUUCCGAGUUGCAGACCUUGGUAGAAACAAGUUGUCCCUCCUCCUCCACCUCCGCUUCCCAGAAGGAAAUCAAGCUCGUUCGCAGGGGCGUCGAUGGGCAGACGGUGAGCAGUGUCCGGCAGCGCAUCCAGGGGGCGGUGACGGAAAACCGUCCGGAAGUCGUCAUUCUGCUUGCCGGGACGAAUGAUUGCCUGGCAAGGUUGUCUUUCGAAAAGAACAACCAGCCCCUGCUGUCGCAUCUGAUGAAGGUCAACCAUUCCACCCUGUUAUCCAGCACAACUGCGGUCGGGUUCGUGGAAGAAUACAGGCAGUGUUUGGAGCAGUGCCUCGCGGCCGGGGAUCAUGUUCCUGCAGCUGUAGGACAAGAAUCUACUUUUUUAUCCGGACGAGAAACAAAUCACGACGAUGAAGUUGAUGCAAGACGACAAAGGGCUCCUGAUCCUGAAAACAGCGAAAGCAGCAAACCCCCUUCAUCGUUUUUGAAAGAAAUCGUCUGCGUCGGCCUGCCGCCUCUGGGGGAGGACCCGGAGUCCUACAGCAACGCCGUGGUUUCGGAGUACAACAGGGCCAUCCAACGGGCUGUGUUUGCGGUGGAAGCCGGUCGGAAGAACAAGACGGUGAAGAUCAGUUUUCUGCCGGUGCAGGAACUGCUUCUGGAAAAAGAGCAUGCUGAAACACUAGAGGGACGAGGCUCUACUCCUGCGCCAAAUGUACAACCAGAUGAGCAAAGAGAGGCCCCCGCGUCUACUUCACGGCAUCAGUCACCAAGUAGUGGGAGCACUGGUUGUACCAACAGGACAUUGCUGCAGGAGGAGCAGGCAGCGGGUCAGGCGGAGGAGAAGGACAAAAACGCAGGGAAAAACACGACACACUCGGGCGGAGACGGCGUGGCAGAAUCUUUUUGUUCAUCAUCCUGGUUACUACAUAAUUUGAAGAAGUGCUGCCGCAGCUCCCUGUUUUUCUCCUUCGGCUUUCCCCUACAGCGACAGUCCAGUCCCGCAUACGAUCCGUUGAAAAAGCAGACUCUACUGGUCCUGGACAUGGUCAUCGGGAACCUUUUGUGCUACGCGGAUCGGCUGUUUUCUUCAAAGUUUAUGCUCACGCGCCUGCGCUGUCCCCCGAAUUUUUUCACGUACCGCUGGUGCGGGUGCCGCUUUCUCUGUGACCGCAUCCACUUCAACAACGUCGGGGCAGCGAUGCUGGCCGAGAAAUUGCACGAAAAACUGUGAUGCAUGAAGUGCUUUGCUGAGUUGUCCUCUGUUUAUUAAAGGAGUUGCUUUUAUUUCGUGGCUCUGUCCAAAAAAUCGUGUCGCUGCGGUUCCGCAAGCGGAGG